CUGUUUAAUCUGCUUUGGUUUGUGCAUUCUGUUCCAUGAUUGUGGUGUGAAGAAAAAUGCCCCAAAACUUAGUAGCUUAAAACAAUAGUCAUUGGAUUAGAAUUCACGCAUUCUGUAGGCAGGAGAUUUGAGAAGGGCUCCAGUAAUGCUUUGCUUCAGGCAGUUUGAUUGAGUUCAGCUGUGAUACUCAGCUAGUCUAGCAUGUCUUCAUGUGGCUGGUGCUUUGCAGGGGAUUUCUCAGAGGCUGGGUGUAGCUGGGUCAUGUGGCCUCCCCAGCGAGGUCCUCUUAGCUUGGCUGGCCAUUCUCCAUGGUUGAGCAUUCCAAGGAAACCAGGUGAGAACUUCGUGGGUUUUCUGACCUAACUUCAUAAUUCAUACAGCAUUGCCUCUGAUACAUUCUCCUCAUGGUAGGCCAGCCCACAUUCAUCGGAGGUGAGUUGGACUCCACCCCUUGAUGGCAGAGUGGCAUGGUCAUGUUAUAGAAGACGAUAGGUGAUGGGAGAUAGGGUUGUAGCUAUCUUUGCAAAAGACAAUCUGCAACUCUGAAAAAACUAGCUGCAUGCAGACAUAUAAAUGAAAGAGCUUUUAAAGGAGACAUCAAAACUUCUUUGGCUAAGGCGAUGUGGACCUCGGCUCUCUGCUUGCUGUGUCUUCCAGGAGCUUCCAGGAACCAUGUUCAUCUUGUACACGUUGAUAACAGGUGUUUCUGCACUUACCCUUCAGGCAGAGGAGCAUGCAGGACCCUGCCGAUUCCGUGGCAAGCAUUUCAAAAUGCAAUUCAGGUUGGAAGGGGAGCCAGUGGUCCUCAGAUGCCCUCAGACAUGGUCUUGGGAUGGAGUUUCUGUCGACCCCCACAGCAACCUGACCUGGCGUAGAAACAGCUCUGCUCAGAUGGUCCCAGGAGAAGGAGCACGAAUGUGGGUCAAGGAUGGCACACUCUGGUUGCUGCCUGCCUUGCAGGGAGACUCUGACACCUACAUCUGCACUGUCAGAAAUGCCUCGUACUGCGAUGAAAUGUCCAUUGAGCUCAGGGUUUUUGAAAACACAGAAGUAUCCCUGCCGUUUGUCUCAUAUCCACAGAUUCUGACCUCAGCCACUUCUGGGUCACUGGUGUGCCCUGACUUGAGAGAAUUCACUCGUAACAAAACUGACAUGCUGAUUCGAUGGUAUAAGGAUUCUGCCCUUCUGGGUCAAGACGACGAGAAGUUUCUAAGCGUGAUGGGCACCCCUUACUUAGUCAUCCACGAUGUGUCCAUGGAGGAUGCGGGCUACUACAUGUGUGCACUGACAUUUUCCCAUGAAGGAAGGCAGUACAACGUCACGAGAAAUAUCGAACUGCGCGUCAAGCAGAGAAGAGAGGAGACAGUUCCUGUGAUUAUUUCCCCCCUGCAGACCAUCUCAGCGGCUCUGGGGUCGAGACUGACAAUCCCGUGUAAGGUGUUUCUGGGAGCUGGCACGCCCUUAAAUACCAUGCUGUGGUGGAUGGCCAAUGACACCGAAGUGAACAGUGCCUACCAGGGAGGCCGUGUGACAGAGGGACCACGCCAGGAAUAUUCAGAAAAUAAUGAGAACUACAUUGAAAUGCCAUUGGUUUUCAAUCCCGUAGCAAGAGAAGAUUUGGACACGGAUUUUAAGUGUAUGGUCCUCAAUACACAGAGUCUCCAGACGCUACACGCCACAGUCAGAGAAGCCUCCUCCUCGUUCUCCUGGGGGAUUGCACUGGCCCCCCUGACGCUGUUCUUCUUGGUUUUGGGAGGUAUAUGCUUACACAAACGGGGCAAACGCAGAGCUGGCAAAACCUAUGGUCUGACUACGCUAAGGACUGGCCACCAAGACUUUCCAUCCUAUCCAAGCACAAUAAAGGAGGUGAAGUAAUGCCAACAGGAGCCACAUCCUGUCUCAUGGAAGUGCUGUGCCUUCUGGAUAAUUCCUGCUUUUUGCUCCACUGUUUAACAAAGUCACUGUGUUUUUAGUGGUUUUGUAGCAAGGGACUGAAGUUUUAGUUUCCCUUAUGCCUCUGAAAAUCAACAGAAGCAAAUGUGUCUAUGUGUGACUAGCACUCUGCUCCUUGUGAUGUACUGAAGAGAAUGAGAUGCUCUUAGGCCCAGCAGUGAGUGGACAUUGGAAAUGAAUUUUCAACUUCGUCCAUUCCAAUCUCCUAAGUUCUAGGAGGUACUGGAGAGCCAAAGAUGGAUAAGAUGAAGUUUGCCUUUCAGGAAGGCAGAAUUUUAUUGUGAAUUUGGAAAUUUGGAAAUUUUAUUUGUGAAUUUGUGAUUUAGAAAUGCUAAGUGUAAGAGUCUGUAUGGAAUGCUGAUUUUUUUUCUUUUUUCUUUUUUUUAGAAAUGGUGAUUAAAAAAGCUGAAAAGAGUUAGUAUAGGAUGGGAGUGGACAACUAGUAGCCUGGUUGGUUAGAGAGUCCCGUGUCCCACAUCUGAAUGUUGGCUUUGCAUCUUGACUCUUGUCCCUGACGCCAGGUCUACCGAGGCAGAUCCUGGAAGGCAGCAGUGACGACCCGAGUGGCUGGGUCCCUGCCCCAUGUGAGAGACCUGGACUGAGUUCCUAGCUUCUUGCUUCUACCUCAGUGGAGUCCAGCUUUUGUGGGCAUUUGGGGAAAGAGUAGGUAGGAGCGCUCUCUGUUCUAUGCCUUUCAAACAAAUGAAUAAAUACAAAGUAAAGAAACGGUAGUGUGAGCUGUCAAUAAAAUAUAGAUACUGUACCAUA